AUGUUUGGGCAAUUUUCUGGGUUCGACACAGUCCAGACGGUGCUGCCCGAGGUGGCGCGCGAGACGUUCAUCACGGCGCUGUCGACGGGCGUCGCCAUCGGCAUCCGCCCUGGGCAGGAGCUGCUCUCGCAGUCGCCCGCCGGGGCGUUCCAGCGCAUCCGCGACGUGCACGUGCGCACCUGCCCCGUGCAGCCUCCAACGAACGCGGACGCCGGCACGCCGGAGUCGCUCCGAACCUACCAGCGCUUCGUCGAGUGCUGCGGUCUGCUGCUCCGCGCCCACCUCGACCGCGCCCGGCCGCUGUGGAACAUCGAGGCCGAGCGCUGGGUACUCAACCACGCCCCGCGCACCGUCCUGGAGCGCUCCGACACCUCGACGCACGACCUGGCCCGCAGCGCGCGCUCCGCCGCCGGCUCGGUCGGCAGCAAGCCCUUCGUCGCGCAGGCCUUCGGCCCGGCGUCCCUCAUCUGGCAGCCCCACCAGCCCAACGUGAUGCUCGUGCUGCCCUUCGCCGCGCCGCCGGACUGCGGACCCGAGACCGUCGCCAUGUACGCCGGGCGCGCGCGGUGGCCGCGUGACGUCGAGGAGUUCACCGACAGCCUGCUCGCCGCGACGCGCGACAACAACCUGUUUGGGGCCAUUCUCGAUGCCACGGGCAGCGAGCCCUGGAACCGCGCCGCGAGCCUCAACGUGCUGUACGGGUCGCCCGCGGAGAAGAUCGCGCCGGACGGGACGCGCAAGCUCGAGUUCCCGGAGCCCGCGGACGGCGGCGACGUGACGGUGUUCGUGGCGGUGGGCGCCGACAAGUGGUCGAUGGUCCUGGCGAGCGUCUUCGGGACCCCGCCCGCGGGCAUCGCGGCCUGGCAGCAGGUGGUCUCGUGCGAGUCCUCCGCGGUGCCCUCGCCGUCGACGGGCGUCGCGUGGGGCCCGGCGGACCUGUUCUGGGACCAGCGGCCCACGGGGCGCGCGCGCGACAGGCGCCUGGCCUCGCAGAUUCGCGUCGCGGGGCGUUCGAAGCGUGGGGGCGGCGCCCCCGAGAGGGGGGGCAGGUUCGAUGGGCCGCAAUGA